AUGGAUGAAAAAGAAUAUUUAAUUCCCAAAACUUCCAAAGCCUGGUUUCAUGGUUUCACCACAUCCAAAUUUUAUGGAAGUGCCGGAAUGGAUUCAAAAAGGAAAAAAGAAAAUUUUAAAAAUCCUCGAGAAGAAGCAACAUUUAUUUCUAUUUUAACUUUUUUAUGGAUCAUUCCUGUUUUAAAGAAAUGCAAGUAUUCAAUAAAAAAAUUGGAAGAUUUCUAUGGUCCUCUUAAAGAAGAUUCAUCAGCGUUACUUGGUGAUCAAUUAGAAAAAUUAUGGAAAAACGAAUUACUUUCAUCUAAUAAGCACAACAGAAAACCAUCACUACUAAGAGCUUUAAUUUUGUCAUGCUUGAAAAGUUUUAUUUCAUAUGGACUUUUACUAUCUUUAAUCGAGUUUAUUUUAAGGUUAGGAACUCCUCUUUUUCUUAUACCAUUUAUAAAUUAUUUUGAAUCAAAUUCCAAUGUUUCUGAACAAAUGUUUAAAUUGAGUGCAACAGGACUGAUCUUGGCACCAUUUUUAAUGGUGUUUUUAAUUAACUUUUGUUAUUUGGAAGUUUUUCAUAUCGGGAUGAAGCUCAGGGUUGCUGUCAGCAGUUUGAUAUACAGGAAGGUUUUAAGUUUGAGUAAGGCAGAACUGAAUGAAAUAUCAACUGGUUACAUUGUUAAUCUUCUUGCAAAUGAUGCAGCUCGUUUUGAUUAUGUUGUUACGUUUAUUCAUGAUGUUUGGAUUGGCCCUUUUCAGACUAUUAUCAUCUCGAUUUUUCUCUGGUAUUAUACUGGAGAGGCUUCCAUUGUGGGCGUAACUGUCAUAAUAUGUUCUAUACCUCUAGUAGCAUGGCUUGGAAAAAUUACUUCUCGAAUGAGAUUGCGAACUGCAUUGAAAACAGAUGAUCGAAUAUGCUUAAUGAAUGAAAUAAUAGUCGGAAUUCAAAUAAUCAAAUUAUAUGUUUGGGAAAAGCCCUUUGAAAAGCUUGUUUCACUUAUCAGAAGGAAAGAAAUUAAAGUUAUUAGAAAGCUCUCUUAUCUCAAAGGUAUAUUGUAUUCGCUGGCAAUGUUCCAGACUCGUAUUGCAGUUUUUCUUACGAUUCUUACACAUAUUCUCUUAGGAAAUGAUAUAACAGCAAGUAAAGUGUUUGUUAUUACUUCGUUUUUUAAUGUACUGCAUCUCACAGUAACUGAAUAUUUUAAUUUUUCUUUCUCACAAGUUUCCGAGUGUUAUACUUCUGUGAAAAGAAUUGAGAAAUUCUUAUUGCAAGGGAAUAAUUUAGAAAUGGUAGACUCUUUACAAGAAAAUAGACAAUCAGAGUCAAUUAAAGGAAUUCGUUUGAUAAAUGUUUCUAUCAACUGGAAUCAAGACAUGCCAAAUAUUCUUAAUAAUGUAACAUUUGACGCCAAGCCUGGAGAACUUACAAUCAUUAUAGGACCUGUUGGUUCAGGAAAGACUUCUCUCUUUCAUGCAAUUUUGAAGGAAAUAUCACUAACAUCUGGCUCUAUUGAUGUAAAUGGGAGGAUAUCUUACGCAUCUCAGGAGCCAUGGCUUUUUGCAGCGUCUGUUAAACAGAACAUACUAUUUGGCCAAAUAUAUUCUGAAGAUAGAUUCAAGAGAGUCAUAAAGGUGUGUGCUUUAGAGAAGGAUAUUGAAAGUUUUGCUAACAGAGAAGAAACCCUUGUUGGAGAAAGAGGUGUUACAUUGAGCGGUGGACAAAAAGCGAGAAUAAAUUUGGCAAGAGCAGUCUAUAGGAAUGCUGAUAUAUAUUUACUAGAUGACCCUUUAUCUGCUGUUGAUGUAAAUGUUCAGAAACACCUUUUUAAUGAAUGCAUUAUGGGAAUACUCAAAGACAAAGUAGUUCUGUUGGCCACUCAUCAACUUCAAUUCCUUAACAGUGCCAAACAGAUAGUUAUUCUGGAAAAAGGGCAUGUAAAGAAGAUUGGAACAUAUGAUGAAUUAAUAGCAAGUGGGCUAGAUUUUUCUGCCUUUGUGGAAAAUAAAUCCAAAUGUGAAGUAAGCACUACGAUGGAAGGAGAUCCAACUUUAAAUGCUCCAACAGAGAACGCAGAAAAAGAAAAUGUUCUGAAAGAACCAGAGACUCCUAUUGUUGAGGAUUUAUCAAAUAAAAAUUUAAAGUUUAGCGUGUUUUGGAAUUAUUUCACAAUUGGCAACAAGUGGUACGUUCUCCUUUUUCUACUAUUACUCUCUUUGAUGUCUCAGACUGCUGCGACUGGUGGUGAUUAUUGGAUAUCUUACUGGCUUGUUUUGGAGGAGAAGUCAUUGCUUAGAAAUGAGUCUAGUCUCAGUGGCAGUAUAAUAGACAUAUUUAAUUAUUAUCCAUCUAGGAAUCUAUGUAUCUACAUUCUGGCACUCUUCAUUUUGAUCAAUGUAAUUAUAACGCUGUUUCGUUCAGCACUUUUUUUUAAUGUGUGUAUGCAAUCAUCUGUCAAUCUGCAUGAUAAAUCAUUCAAAGCUGUCUCUAGAUCUCCGAUGCAUUUCUUCAAUGUGAAUCCUUCAGGGCGUAUAUUGAACAGAUUUUCAAAGGAUAUUGGGAACAUUGAUGAAAUUUUGCCUAGCUGUAUGAUUGAUUGCUUGCAGAUCCUCUUAUCGACGAUCGGUAUUUUUGUAAUAGUACCUGUUACAAAUCCAUGGUUUCUCAUCCCUACAUGUAUAGUCAUGGUACUGUUUUAUUUACUGAGACAAUUUUUUGUUGCUGCAACGAGCACUAUUAAGAGGUUUGAAGGAAUAGCAAGGAGUCCAAUAUACACACACUUGAGUGCAUCUCUUCAAGGCUUGACUACAAUCCGUGCUUUGAAGGCGGAAUCGAUUGUACAGCAAGAAUUUGAUAAUCAUCAGGACACGCAUUCAGCAGCUUGGUACAUAUUCAUAUCUGCCGUACGUGCUGUAAGUUUAUGGCUUGAGAUUAUAUGUGCCUUUUACAACGGCCUGAUUACGUUAACAUUUACAUUCUUUGAUCCAGUGAUCACUAGUGGGAAUGUCGGAUUGGCUAUAACUCAAACCAAUAAACUAACGAGCAGUCUUCAAUGGGGAAUAAGGCAGUCGGCUGAAGUGGAAAAUCAAAUGACAUCAGUCGAGAGAGUUUUGGAUUAUACCAAGUUGAAAGAAGAAGCACCUUUACUUUGUCCUCCUGACAAGAAGCCAUCUGAUUCAUGGCCGUCAAAGGGUAAACUAGUUUUUCGGGAGGUGUAUCUCAGGUACAAUGAUACUGCUCCAUGGAUUUUGAAUGGAAUUUCUUUUUCCAUUGAACCCACUCAGAAGGUUGGCAUUGUAGGAAGAACAGGUGCUGGAAAGUCUUCAUUAAUUUCAGCACUAUUCAGGCUUUUUGAAGUCAAAGGAUUGAUUGAAAUCGACGGUUUAGAUAUUUCCAGUAUUGGUCUUUGGACUCUGAGGUCGAAAAUAUCAGUAAUACCACAAAAUGCUGUGCUGUUUAUGGGCACGUUUCGAUAUAACUUAGAUCCUUUUGAUCAGUAUACAGACCAAGAUAUAUGGAAAGCUUUAGAGGAAGUGGAAUUAAAAGAAUACAUUAAAAGUUUUCCAGCAGGCCUCCAGACAAAAGUUCAAGAAGGAGGCAGCAAUUUGAGUGUUGGGCAACGACAGCUUAUUUCUCUGGCUCGAGCCAUUUUGCGUGGAAAUAAAAUUUUGGUUUUAGAUGAAGCCACUGCAAAUGUUGAUCUAAAAACUGAUGCCUUAAUACAGAAGACCAUUCGAAGAAAGUUUAUGGAUUGCACUGUUAUGACCAUUGCUCAUAGAUUGAACUCCAUUAUGGAUUCUGAUUUAGUAAUGGUGAUGGAUAAUGGUUAUUUAGUAGAAUUCGACCAUCCAUAUUUAUUACUUAAAAAUCAAUUGGGGAUUUUCCGUUCUUUGUGUGAACAAAGUGGGUGUAUAGCUGAAUUGUCUUCAGUAGCGAUACAGAAAUACAAUGAAAUUCAAGAAAAGUAG